AUGGAAAGGCAAUCAUCAGUUUUCGGUAAACUUCGAUCUCGUAAUACAUAUGAUACAAUCCCAAAUGAAGAUGAAUGGUUUAUACCUUAUAAUGCAGGACAAAGACCAAAUUUACCUACUAGACAAAGUGGCAUUGGGUUAUCACCCAUCACACAAAAAUCCAUUUCCAACAAUAUAUUCAGUAAUGUCUUCUCCAACUCGAAUUCAAAUCCAAACAAUAAUGGAAAUGCACCCAUUGCUGGACCAAGUAAUUCACAACCUUUCCCUAGACCUACACCAACUCCAAUGAAUACUUAUUCAAGUACUUAUGGCGGCGGAUUAAAGUUGUUGCCUUUACCACGUAGACCAACUGGAACUUUGGCAAAGUCACCUUCUUAUGGAUCAUUAUCGGAUUUAGAUAUGACCAGAACAGAAAGAUUACCUUCUUCAUCUUCUGUACCUACUGGUUUAGCCGCCCCAAGUAUGCUGUUCUCACCAUUGAACAGGGAACUAAGAGCUUCGAUGAAUGACAAUGAAGCCCAUUCACAAAUACAUCCCCAAGCUCAAUCAACGCAACGACAAAUCCCAUCACAUCCUAUACACCGAUCACAACCAUUAUUAUCCCAAUCUCAGCGUCGCCAAAGAGCUGUGUCAGCCCCUAGACCUUCGAAAAACCGUAACCCCCAUAUGUAUAGAGCAGAAAGUAGAAGAUGGGCUGUACCUACGAUGUGCGAUAUGUUUCUUUUACCAAGACCAACUUUACUACCGCAUGAGAUAACUCCACCCGUUACACCUGAAGAGGAGCAAGAGAAAAGACUAAGUAUGGAGAGUGGAAGUUACGUGGAUCAUGAGAAAGUACUGGAAAACUCAAAAGCAAGAGAACAAGAAAGAGAAGAAUGGGCUAACAUGAUCAAAAGGCGAGGAAGAAGUUUAAGUUUAGGAAGUACAGCUCCUCCACCAGGUGCACCGAUAAUAGGAAAUGUCAGAGCGAGAAGUAAAGAAAGAAGUAGUAGAAGUAGAAGUAAUUCUUUGGUUAAUAUCUUAACUCCUUCUUCCUCCAUCAGGAAAAGAUCAGCAUCAUUUACUUCGAGAUGGAGCAAUUCAAGGAAAUCGUCAAUGACUAGAAACGAGUCGGAACGAGGAAACAAAUCGAGUUUCUCAUAUCCCAAUGGGGGAGAAAGACAGAAAACCGGUGUACCGAAAGGUUAUGGUUUCGUUCCCCCGGCUGUAUCUUCAAAAGAUUAUGGUACAUUUCCACAACAACGAUUCUCAGUACCAACAGAGAAUGAUCCAUUUUAUCGACCACAACCAGCAAGAAAAAGAUCAACGUCAAUGCCAUUCACAAAUGACAUGCCCAGCUAUCAGAAUGAUCCACUUCUUGCCAAUUUCGCUACAACCGAAUCUCGAUAUCCGACUUCCGCUAUACCGUCAGGGAGAACCCUGCAAUUCAAACAACCCUCAGUGGCUGAUAGAGUUGAUAGGGGUGGAGUAGUGAUCAUUACCAAAGGAGCUUCAAGAAGCACUCCUUCACGGGGAUCGAGAUUAGAAGGGACGUUCAAACCACCUGCUCCGUUGAAUCUAUCAAAACCUCUUCCUGAUAUACCAAAAGAUGAUAUAUCACCUAUCUUACCUGAAUCAGGCCCAUUCAUACCUUUUACUGAAGAAAUCGGAUUAGCUAUCUCAUCUAAUGAUGAACAUGAACCAAAAGGCAAAGAACAAAUCAGUGAAGGAGAAGCGAAAGCAGAACAAGUCUCACCUAAAACUGCACCUUUGCCCAACACUGAAGCGCUCUCACCUCGAACACCUACAAAAUCGCGCUUAUCAGAUGGUGGUUCAGCUACCGCUAGAGCUUUCUUAGCUAAACAACAACAACGGGCAAGGACGAAGAGAGCUUUUCAAUCUCCUGUCCAAGGUCCGACGUCAUAUCAACCGUUAAGAGACUCGACCGUCCCCUCCUCCGCUUCAACUUCAACCUCGAUCUCCUCAGCUCUAUCGCCUACUGCCUCGUCAACAUCGAUUAGAUCUGAUGGACCUAGGAGAAAAACAGCUUUGGAAGAAGCUAUAGGAAGGAGUAGAGCAGCGAGUGUUGGCGCUUUGGAACAACAACAACAGAAAUUCAGUCCUACUAGAGCUGUUCUGUUGGACAGACCAAAUACAGGUGAUCAUGUCCGAGCAGCAGCUAAAUUUGGCUCAACAGCAGGCUCAAGAGGAUCAGUACCGAUACCACCUAAAUCGUCAAUCAAUUCGCCUGAAUCCGUAAUGAAACAAAGACUAUCUUCACCACCACUGGAUUAUCCAAUCUCGACAAUGCCUUCACCUAGAACAGCAUCUCGUGCAGCUUUCUUAGAAGUUCAAAGACCAAUCGUUAACCACCAAGAUUCCGCUAGAUCCAAGAUGACUGUUUAUACCGAUGCUUCGGAAGGUUGGAGUAGAGUUGGUGGGGAUUCAGCUAGAACCACGCCGAUCUCGGAAAGAAAAGGGAGAUUAAGUGAGACUCCAAGUGAAGGUAGUCCACAUCAGACUCCAGAUGACAGGGAAUUCCAGGGUCUUUUCUUCCGUACUCCUGCAGACAGGAAUGGAUCAUUCUCGAAUACACCUAUACCAGAUCGAUAUGCCCCCUCAAGUAAUCAUCCUGCUCUACCUAGAUUUCUGCCCCGAUCAAUGACUCCCAUUGGAUUAGGGUAUGAUUUGAACUCAUCAAGGGAUGGUCAAAUUAUAGAGGAGGACCAACGUCGCAGACCUUCAGAAGGUUCCGAUUCGACAGCUGAAAUUACCACCCCAAACAUGACGGGUAACUCACAAGUACAACAACCUUAUAUGGGCUACUUGGAUCAAAUGGCAUCAAGUUCAGGUGAAACAAGGAUUCAACAGAGAUUGAUGGCUCCUUGGGUGAACAGACCGAUAACCCCAGAAUCGAUAAAUUCAGGGUCGGGUUCAGAUCUAGAUGAAAGAGAUGAAAUGAGUCAUGAAACGCAUGAGACUAUGAUGCCCAUCUUAUCUGAAGGUCGUGAAUUCCCUUUUCCACAAUCUCAAAAUACCAUUCGAAAUCUGACUGAAGCACAGGCACAAGCAAGGCAAGAGAAUAUUGCCACUGUUAGUGAUACUGCCACCGCCACUAAUGAUACGGAAAUCACGCCUGACGGGAAACGCCGCCUUUCAAACUCAAGACCUCAUGCGCCAUUGUCGCCUGGAACAUUUGGAAUCACUCCUAAUAAUUCUGCUUUAUCAUCAUCACCGACAGCAUCACCUACCAGACAACGAAACUUGGCACCAUCAUCGUUCAGAAAUUACUCGUUAUCAGCUCAUCCUCCCAACACCUACUCAUUAGGUUUAUCGCCACAUAGAUAUACUGGUGAAGGAGCAGAGCUUUCACCUAUACCAGGACAAGAACAUCGACAUUCUGCUGCAGUCAGUUUCUUUGACGAAUUCCCUUCUCCACCUACAGCGGAACAUCCAUCAACAAUGACUUCAUUAAACAACUUGCCCGACCCAAAAGUUAGUCAUAAAUCGGCUUUCGGUCAAUUAGUCACUGGACCUCCAGGUGCAGGUAAAUCCACUUAUUGUCAUGGAUUACACCAGUUUUUCACAGCAAUCGAAAGACCAAUCCAUAUAAUCAAUUUGGAUCCAGCAGUUACCAACCCACCUUAUCCAUGUGAUAUAUCAAUUACGGAGUUAAUAGACUUGGAUUCGGUCAUGGAGGAAUUUGGUUUAGGUCCAAAUGGUGCAAUGUUGUAUUGUGUUGAAUACUUGGAACAGAAUUUAGAUUGGUUAAUAAAGCGUUUGGAUGAAGUUUUGGAAAAUGAUAAUGGAAAUGGUUAUGUCGUUUUUGAUACGCCUGGUCAAGUUGAAUUAUGGACCAAUCAUGAUUCACUGAAGAACGUUUUGGAAAAAUUAGGAAAGUUGGAUUAUAGACUUGCCGCCGUUCAUCUCAGUGACGCACAUUACAUUACCGACGCCUCCAAAUUCAUCUCUGUCGUAUUACUAGCUUUACGAGCAAUGCUUCAACUGGAGAUGCCUCAUGUGAAUGUUUUGAGCAAGAUUGAUUUGUUAUCUACUUAUGGCGAGUUGCCUUUCGACCUGAGCUACUACACCGAAGUUCAAGAUUUAUCUUAUCUCCUCGCUAGAUUAGAUUCUGAACCACGAGCAGCUAAAUUCGGGAAAUUGAACAAAGCGAUGGUUGAACUGGUAGAUGAUUUUGGUUUAGUUGGUUUCGAGACUUUGGCAGUUGAGGAUAAAUCUUCAAUGUUAAAUUUAGUCAGGUUGGUGGAUAAAAUGACUGGAUAUAUUUUCAUCCCACAUGGUGAAGGUGAAGAUGAAGGGGCAAAUUCUAUCAACACCCAAGCGUUAUUCGGUUCCAUUAUGUCCUCGUCAGGGGGAACCAAGGGCAAUGAUGUUAGAGAUGUUCAAGAAAGAUGGUUGGACAACAAAGAUGCUUAUGACGAAUUUGAACGAGAAGAAUGGGCAAAAGAAUGGGAAGAGAGGAAACGUACUUCUGCAAACGAUGAACAACAACAACCACAACACUCUCAACAAUAA